AGCGCGGCGCGGCGGCGGCGGCGGGGCCGUUUGAAACGCGGCCCAGGAGACGGUACAAGACCCCGCCUCCGGCCGCCCGGCGCCAUGGUCUCCAAGUCCGACCAGCUCCUCGUUGUUGUGUCCAUCCUCGAAGGCCGCCAUUUUCCCAAACGUCCCAAACAUAGGCUCAUAGUAGAAGCAAAGUUCGAUGGAGAGCAGUUGGCUACUGAUCCUGUGGACCAUACUGACCAGCCAGAAUUUGCUACCGAGUUAGCCUGGGAAAUUGAUAGGAAAGUUCUGCAUCAGCACAGGUUGCAGCGUACUCCAAUCAAACUCCAGUGCUUUGCCUUGAAUCCUUCAUCUUCAGCCAAAGAAAUCAUAGGUUACAUUGUUCUGGACUUAAGAACUGCUCAAGAAACAAAGCAGGCACCAAAAUGGUACCAGUUGCUGAGUAAUAAAUACACCAAGUUCAAGUCUGAGAUACAGAUAAGCAUUGCUUUGGAAACCGAUACAAAAGCACCCGUGGAUAGUUUUAAAGCAAAGGGGGCCCCCCCUCGAGACGGAAAAGUACUUUCUAGCCUGUCUGGACUUGAGCCAAAGGACAUUGUAGCAGUGCUGAAUGAGGAGGAAGGUUACCACCAGAUUGGACCCGCAGAGUACUGUACUGACGCCUUCACUAUGUCGGUGACCAUAGCCUUUGCCACCCAGUUGGAGCAGCUAAUUCCAUGUAACAUGAAGCUUCCUGAAAGACAACCUGAAUUUUUCUUUUACUAUACUUUACUGGGAAAUGAUGUUACAAAUGAACCCUUUAAUGAUUUGAUCAAUCCAAACUUUGAGCCAGAGAGAGCAUCUGUUCAUAUUCGCAGCAGUGUAGAAAUGCUUCGUGUUUUCCUGGCUCUUCACUCUAAACUACAGAUCCAUCUCUGCUGUGGAGACCAGUCCCUGGGCAGUACAGAAAUACCUUUGAGUGGAUUGCUAAGAAAGGGCAGCACGGAAAUCAACCAACGCCCUGUCACAAUCGAGGGUGCUUUUACCCUUGACCCACCAAAUCGAGCUAAACAAAAGCUCGCACCUAUUCCUCUGGAGCUGGCCCCAACUGUGGGUGUGUCUGUGGUCCUGCAGAGAGAGAGCAUCGAGUCCCAGUCUUUAAUUGAGUUAAAGACCCAGAAUGGACAUGAGCCUGAGCAUUCAAGCAAGCAAGUUUUAACCCCCAUAAAGGAGAGGACACUGGCUGGGCCAAAGUCACCAAGUGUGUCCGCUGCUCCAGCUCAUAACCAGACCCCUCCAGCCAGAGAUGAAGCCACAGAAAGCGAGGUGGAGAGCCUACAGUACGAUAAGGGUUUGGAGCCAAAUCCCAAGGGCAUUAGUUCUUCUGUACCUGCUUCACUGGCUCAGCCAGUGGCUCCAUCCAUUGUUUCAGAAACAGUUUCACGACAGAAGAUUGCUGUUCCAGCAACAUCACAUCAUUUUUGCUUUUCCAUAGACUUGAGGAGUGUCCAUGGCUUGGAAAUUGGCUAUCCUGUCAACUGUAUAUUAAGGUACUCCUAUCCAUUCUUUGGAAGUGCAGCUCCUAUCAUGACUAACCCCCCUGUGGAAGUUCGGAAGAACAUGGAAGUCUUUCUCCCCCAGUCUUACUGUGCAUUUGACUUUGCCACUGUGCCUCACCAGCUGCAGGACACCUUCCUACGGAUUCCCCUGCUGGUAGAAUUGUGGCACAAGGAUAAGAUGAGUAAAGACUUACUCCUGGGCAUCGCAAGAAUCCAGCUGUCUAACAUCUUGUCUUCAGAAAAGACUCGCUUUUUAGGCUCAAAUGGUGAACAGUGCUGGCGCCAAACAUACAGUGAGAGUGUGCCUGUUAUAGCAACACAGGGGGCAAAUAACAGGAUAGUAGACCUUUCUUACACAGUGACUCUAGAAGAUUAUGGACUAGUGAAAAUGCGUGAGAUUUUUGUCUCUGAGUCAUCAUCUCAGGGUUUAUCUGCUGUACAACAGAAGACGCCUUCUCUUCCUCCAGCACCUUGUCCUUCAGAGAUUCAGCUGGAACCCCGUGAAACCUUAGAAUACAAAGCAGCACUAGAGCUAGAAAUGUGGAAGGAGAUGCAAGAAGACAUUUUUGAAAAUCAGCUGAAGCAGAAAGAACUGGCUCAUAUGCAAGCUCUUGCUGAGGAGUGGAAAAAAAGAGACCGGGAAAGAGAAUCAUUAGUGAAGAAAAAGGUGGCUGAAUAUAGCAUUCUAGAGGGAAAACUUCAAAAAACCCUAAUUGAAUUAGAGAAACGAGAGCAGCAGCUGGCUAGUGCAGAAUCCGAGCUUCAAAGGGAGAAAAAGGAGCUAUACUCAGAACGGGAGCGGAACCUACAGGAACUUCAGGACUCCAUCCGCAGAGCCAAAGAAGACUGUGUUCACCAAGUGGAGCUGGAGCGGCUGAAGACUCGGCAGCUAGAAGAGGACAGACACCGGCUUCAGCAGCAGCUUAAUGAUGCUGAAAAUAAGUAUAAGAUUUUGGAAAAAGAGUUUCAACAGUUCAAGGAUCAACAAAACAACAAACCAGAAAUCCGUCUCCAGUCUGAAAUAAAUCUUCUCACCUUGGAAAAGGUUGAACUUGAAAGAAAAUUGGAAUCUGCAACUAAGUCUAAACUCCAUUAUAAGCAGCAGUGGGGACGAGCUUUGAAAGAACUUGCCAGACUUAAACAGAGGGAGCAAGAGAGUCAAAUGGCUCGUCUUAAAAAGCAGCAAGAAGAACUGGACCAGAUGCGGCUGCGUUACCUCGCUGCAGAGGAAAAAGACACAGUGAAGACAGAGCAACAAGAGUUGUUGGAUAUAAGAAAUGAAUUGAAUAGGUUAAGGCAGCAAGAACAAAAACAGAACCCGGAUUCCAGUGUGAUUGCAAGUAGAGGGCUGGGUGGUCCACACGGCUCUGCACAGGAGGAAGGCCUGGAUGACUACCUGACCCGGCUGAUAGAGGAAAGGGACACUCUAAUGCGGACGGGUGUGUACAAUCAUGAGGACCGAAUCAUAAGUGAGCUGGACCGGCAGAUCAGAGAAGUUUUGACUAAAAACAGUGCCAGUAAUUAAUAACAUUUGGAAAGUCUCUAUAGAGACUCCAGGCCUAAAUUUUAAUUUCAUUUUAAUACUCAAAAGUAGAGAAAAUAAAUAUUUUUAAAUGCUCCAUUCAGUUUUUAUAAGCUGGAUUUUAUAUAUUACUGUACAGUAUUUAUUUCAUUUGCUUUAUGCUACCUUUCCCAUGCUGGUUUUAUUUGUAAUCACAUUUUAUAUACUCAUUUAAAAUGACUCUUCACAGUGUUUCUCAGUUUAGAUGGCUAACUUUCAAAACAGCUUUUCAUUAAAUUUGUAGGAGAAAUGGCCUCAGUGAUUUCCAGUUGUAGAGUUUUUUAUGUUCAAGAUUAUAUGUUGCACUUUAAAGAUGCUGGUCUUAUUCCAUUUGAUUGUAGAUACCAUAAAAACUGAGGCCAGCUGUUAAUGUAGCUGUUUUUUUUUUUUAACUCAAUUUUAUGUGACCUGUCUUUUUCCUUUAACAUGUACUAUUUACAAAUGACAAGCUUGAAAACAGCAGCAUCAGUGCAGAGAAGCCAUAUCACAGACCGGAUGGCAAAUUCAUCAUUGUCUAAAUGCAGUUAUAUGUUUUAGGCUUGUCUUAAGAGCUUUUGAAUGUCAGAUUGUCAAUGUACUCAAUCAUCUUCUCUGUUAGUCUCCUGCUCAAGGCUGCAAUAUCUGCUUUUGUUCAAUUGGAGAUUUUUAUUUUCUUUUCCAGUAAUACAAAUACUAGCUGUUAAGCCUUCUGUAAUAGAAUAUGGAAACAGACAUACAAAGGCUUUAGCUGGAAAAACAAAGUGAAGCUGAACUGGGUUUGUUUGAUUUUUUUUUUUUUUACUCCCUCUAAUAUUAAUCAGUCUUUGAAAAGCACAUGCAAUUACGUCCCUGAAUUCCACAGUAUCAUGUCUAUGUAAAGUCGAAGAGCUCCUUCCUGUCACGUUCUUCAGAGCCAGAGUUGGUUCUCAGCACUACAGCACACACACGACACAGAACUGACAAAGGUGCUUGGGAAAUUCUCAAAUUACAUUAAGUCUAUGUUUUAGGAAGUAUUACUACUAUCUACCACUAACUGAUAAAACAGAAUAGAUUAUCUGGUAAUGCUAAAUUCUCUAUUACUUUCGAGUAUAGUUAUUGGAAACUAAAGCCCUAUCUCACAUAUACGUGUGUGUAGGUAUAUAUACUCCCUACUAAUGAAGUUUAAUUUUGUAAAAACCUGACAAUAACAGAAGUUAUUGAAUGAGAGGAUAAAGACUCAGUUAAUCAUAGCAGGAAUUUGAGGUAUGAAUUAUGGUUCAAUAUUUUCUGUUGUUGAUUUUGUGCUGCAGGAAUUGAACGAAAGUGUUCUUUGUGUUGGACUGUGUGAUGCCUAUACUGUUCGAAACACUAGAGGGGGCCUUAGAUUUAAAAAAAAGAGAACAGACUUUUCUAAAAUGGUUGUGUGGUUUAUUGUACCUUCUGGAAAGCUAUCUCUGGCUAUUGUAACAAAUAAAAUCAUAAUUGUAUGUAUA